AUGGUUCUCAGUGAAGAGGAAGCAUAUGGCUUUGGUCAGACUGUGAAUGGGGUUUGGGCAAGAUUCAAUCAGGCAACGCGGUGCUUCAAAGGCCUUCUUAAUUACGAAAGCGUUUAUGUGUGGUAUAUUGGUGAGGCAAUUGAUCGCAUGAUCGAAGAGAACGUCAUGUAUGCUGAGCUUAGACCGAUGCUGCUCGACAAAUCCAUACCCAAGGAUAGCGGCAAAGAAGAGCUUAGGAAUGCGGCGCAAAUGCAUCUCAUUGUCAAGGGAGUUCUGGCAAAACAGGCCCAGUUGAAGAAGCAACAAAGGCUACAUAAGUUUCCGUUUGGUUUGAAGAUCAUAUAUUGCACUCCGCGGUCAAUACCCAAGAAAAUGAUGCAAGAGGAGAUGAAGCAGUGUAUCGGCCUGAAGGAGAAGUUCCCAAAACUGAUCUGCGGUUUUGAUUUGGUGGGUGCGGAAGAUCGGCCUAACCACAUCGGCUUCUACAGAGACGAAUUGGUUGCGUUCAAGAAGACUUGCGAGGCACGCGGCCUUGACAUUCCUUUCAUGUUUCAUGCUGGAGAAACCCUCUUGGAUACUGGAGGCUCUUCAGAUCCGAGCAAUUCCAAUCUGUAUGAUGCAGUAGUACUUGGUUCAAAGCGCAUUGGGCAUGGUUUUGCGCUGAUGAAGCACCCUCACCUCGUUGAAAAGUUCAAGAAGACAAAAAACAGUCCGGGCAUAUGCAUUGAGCUAUGCCCCAUUUCCAACGAACUUCUGCAUCUCUGCCGAAACAUCAAGGAGCAUCCGUUCCCCGAGUUACUAGCCGCCGGCAUUCCAUGCACAGUCAACUCGGAUAACCCAUCACUCUUUAGUAAUUCCAUGUCGCAUGAGUUCUAUCAGAUCAUGGUAGGUGCGCCCACCAUGUCUCUUUACAGCUGGAAACAGCUGGCACGAUGGAGUUUGGACUAUAGCUGCUUGACUCCUGUCGAGAUAAACGAAGGGCAUCUGAUACUUUCCAACGACUGGAAGUCGUUCUGCAGAUGGGUUAAGAAGGAAUAUGGCCCAAUCGUGGUAGACAAUGAGGUCGAUGAGGCGAUGGCGGAGCAGCACGAGAAGUACCAAUGGCGCAAGGUGCUCUCCUGA